GAAUUCUCAUGUUAGUAGAUAUAUUUAGAUUGGGAUUAUCUUCAAGGAGUCCCCGAUGGAUCAAAUUCUUCUUUGAGUUUAUUAUUUCUACCUAUUUAUCGGUGGUCUACGUUCUGGAGACUGCUUUCUCAGUUUCAGGACCACCCCUUCAAAGCUUCCCUUCCUCCGCGCACCAUCUCAGAGGCUGUGCACGCGUGGUGAAAAUUGAAAUAUACAGCCGAAAGGUCAAACAAAUUUUCUUGAGUGGAACAAGACUCUGAUUUCGGUUCCAUUCUGCAUCCACCGAGGCAGCAUAUAUGAUAUAUCCCUCCCUGCUACUACAUAUGUAUAUAUAUAUAUGUACUGCGUAGAAAUCUGCAGACGGCCCACAUUCCCUUUCUCAAGAAAGGCAAUAAAAGGAGAGAUGGCCAACAGGAUCCCUCGGUCUAGCUCCUGCUUCUUCAUCUUUCUGUUAUUACCGUUGCUCUUACAGUUUUGUUCUGGGAAAAGUGAUCUCCAAUUAAACUACUACUCAGAAAGUUGCCCAAGGGCUGAAGAGAUCAUCAAAGAGCAAGUCGUCAACCUGUACCACAAGCAUGGAAAUACUGCAAUUUCGUGGGUCAGAAAUAUAUUCCAUGAUUGCAUGGUUAAGUCAUGCGAUGCGUCGCUUCUGCUGGACAACGCCCCUGGCAUGGAGUCUGAGAAGAACUCAGCGAGGAGCUUUGGAAUGAGAAACUUCAAGUACAUAAACACAAUUAAGCAGGCCCUGGAAAGUGAAUGCCCCGGUACAGUUUCUUGUGCUGAUAUCGUCGCUCUCUCUGCAAGGGAUGGCGUCGUUUUGUUGGGAGGGCCAGAAAUUGAGAUGAAAACCGGGAGGAAAGACAGCAAAGUCAGUCAUGCGGCGGACGUUGACAGCCUUAUUCCUAACCAUAACGAUAGCAUGUCUUCAGUUCUUUCGCGCUUUCAGUCGGUUGGGAUCGAUGCAGAAGGAACUGUUGCUUUACUAGGCGGUCACUCAGUGGGGCGAAUUCAUUGCAUCAAUUUUGUGGACAGACUCUAUCCAAACGCUGACCCGACCCUUAACCCUGCUCAUGUUGAAUACCUCAAACGUCGAUGCCCCUCUCCAAAACCAGACCCCAAGGCGGUGGAGUAUUCCAGAGAUGAUCUUGCAACGCCCAUGGUGCUCGAUAACUUAUAUUACAAGAGCAUCUUGGACGGCAAAGGGCUCCUGAUAGUCGAUCAAGAAUUGGCUUCGGAUCCUUUGACGUCUCCUUUUGUCCAGAAGAUGGCUGCUGACAAUGACUACUUCCACGACCAGUUUUCAAGGGCUCUGCUGAUUUUGUCCGAGAAUAAUCCCCUUCUCAAUGAUGAGGGAGAGAUAAGAAAGGAUUGUCGCUUUGCUAACAAGAAGUAAUCAUGUUUAUGGAUACGACCAAGUAGAAACAAACUCUUUUGUGAGGAUUAAUGGGAGCCAAUUACUUCCUGGAUAUUAUUAGAAGUUGACUCUGUAUUUCCCUUUUGCAGAGAUUAAGAUGUAGGAAUAUUUACUCUUUCUUGUUUGGGUCAUGUCAAUUUGCGAAGGAAUUUUCAAUUCGCGUUAACCAUC